GCUUUUACGAAUGGCAGGAACAGCAAGUCCUCCAGAGGAUGAUACUACUUCCCCCGGAAUGGAAAGGUCUGCUCCAAAGGUUCCACCCAAACCAGCACCAAAACCACUGAGCCGCCCCCUGUCUCAAUCCUCGAUACAGGAGCAACUCGCGCUUCUCCUAACUCCGAAAGCGAUUCAGCCCCCACCUCCUCCUCCUCCCCCACCUUUUUCUUCUGAUAUCAUUACUCCAACUCCAUCUAACUACACUGAGUAUCGACUCUCCCCAGACUCAUCAAAGAGGGAGACAGUGUCAUUGCAAGAUGAGAAUAUAAAAUCCCAGCUCUACAGGCGGACGGCUAGUGUGUACUUUUCCUAUGUCAAUAUCCCUUGGAAACUCUACCUGCGCAAAGAGCUUUUUUACCCGCGGGAGAAGUUUAAUUCCGAAUAUAUUCUCAACCUGCUGUGUGAACAGAUCAUGCAGGACACUUACUCGAACACCUGCAAUCGCAUUUCCAAGGAGGAACGGCAUAAGAUGCUAAAUCUACUCGCUGAACUUCACGUUGGAACUAAUGUCAGGAUGCUUCAAGACAACGGACUGAAAAAGCGUAUUGUUGUGGCUGCACGUGACAACUGGGCUGUUUAUUUCUCUCGGUUGUUUUCUGUCAGCGGUGAUGUCGGCAGUAACGUGGAGAUCCUCAGUGUCUCUCACCGAGGAAUCAAACUGUUGAAAUUUGUGAAAGCAGUUGGAAUGAACCCAGAACAUUACAAGGUUCUUCAGAGUUACAGUUAUGUGGAAAUCCUGGAUGUGGAGUUACAGGGAGAAGCUGUCAUCGAGCUUACGCUGAAGAAUGAAGAACUGGUCCUAUACUCGAACAAAGCCAAGCAGGCAAAAGCCGUCAUCGGUCUGUUCCUGGAUGAACUGCGGAAGGGCUCCAGUCACGUCAUGGCAGUUAGAAGCUACAUCACAGAUGAUAAAAGCUUGCUGAACUUCCGUAAGGGAGACAUCAUCAAACUACUUCAAAUGGAUGGACUCGAGCCAGGCUGGCAGUUUGGAUCAAUCGGUGGUCGAUCUGGCCUGUUUCCUGGAGACCAAGUCCAACCAGUAGCAGCUCCCGAAUACUACAACGUUAACGCGAGGAGGGUUGAUGAGAGACCCAGGACCACGUCCACAUCCAGUAGAUCUUCCACUAAAAAGAGUGCUGCACCCAGUGAAGCCUCAGGAAGUGCAGAUGUAAGCACAACCACUUACUCGCAUUCUCCGCCCAACAGCUACUCCUUGGCUGAAGAAGGACACUAUGUAAUGUCAGAGUUUGCUAUGAAGCACUUCAGAGAGCCUACGAUCAUGCCGGAAUGGAAGGAUCGGGGUGCAGAAGGAAAGAACCCCAAUCACCUGGUCAGACACACAAAGGUUCCCAUCCAGGAGUCGCUGAUUUAUAUUGUUGACAUUGAACUAAAUGAACUUGCGACACAGAAUUUUAUGGCUCUCAUGAGGUUUAUGGGAGACCAGCCCCUCCAGAAGAAACAUAUUAACAUAGAUUACUUACGUAGUAUCCUGAAGCUGUGCAAGGAGAAGAAAUUUCUACUGGAUGAAGUCUGCUGUCAGAUCAUCAAGCAAAUUACAGAUAAUCCCAAAAAAGAAAGUUGCAUUCUUGGCUGGCGAAUUCUGUACGUCUUCUUGGGCUACUAUUCAUGCACAAUCAACCUCGCACCUUACGUCACCAGCUACCUACAAGAUAUCCUCAUGAACCCCAAUCACCCAUUCCAAGAAAUAGCAAAGUUUUGCCAGGAAAACAUUCAACGUACUUUCCAGUUCGGAGGUCGUCAACAUUUCCCUACUAGCCUUGAAAUGGAGGCUAUAAUCAAAGGACGGAGCACGCGAAGGGUCAGCGUGCAGAUGCCUGGGAAGUUAGAGCAGCCCUUCAAGAUCAAGUCCUUCUCGGUAGGAAGUGACUUGAUGAUGGAAAUAUGUGCCACCAUUGGAAUUACUGACACUGAAGAAGCCAAGGACUUUUCCCUCUUUGCAGAUAAGGAUAAUGGAAAGGUUGCCAAACCUAUCAGAUGGGAUGAAUACCUUUUUGAUUUCCUGCUAGAUGACAACUCAGUCAGAUUUAAAUUCCAACGCAUCAUUUGGAAAGAACCCCUGCAUUUUUACAAUGACCUCAAUGUUGAUUUACAUUAUAAUCAGGUACUUCCGACUUACCUGGAAGGACAAUUGGUCUUUCCGAAGGAUAUUUAUGAAGCAGAACAGCAUGUUGCAAAGCUGGCGGCCUAUCAGCACAAAAGCAGCUCAGCAGACCUCGAGCCUACUGGUCAGCAGCUGAAGACCUACCUCCCUAAACCUGCAAUGGGAAAAGUGAACUUUGAUGCAGUCCUCAGACAAACUCUCCAGGAGCUCAACACAAUGCAUCAUCUUAGUCCUGUUGAAGCCAAGAAGCACUUCUUAACUGCAGUGUGUACCAUGCCUCUGUUUGGUUACAACAUCUUUACAGUGAAAAAGACCAGCCUGCAUUGGAUUCCAGCUCCAUGCAUCAUUGCAUUCAGUCAAGAAUUUCUGAUGGUCUUAAGUGAGGAGGCUAAGAAUGAACUGCUGAGGAUUUCUCUGAGGGACAUCCAGAUGAUGCGUACCAGGCGCCCACUUGACGGAUCAAAUUUUCCAUUGAUGGACGUCAAUUACGGUUCUCCAGACAAACCACAGAGGAUCACCUUUGAAGUGAAAGAGGCAAAGAAAAUCUCCCACAUGAUUGGAAUGAUCCUUGAUGUUAUUGUGCACCAUUCCUACACAUGACCACGUGCAAAUAAGACGAGAUGGAAGUUCCAAUGUUGCUAAUUAAUGUUUUACAAGAACAUAAUAUGAUCCACAUCAGUACUGGGCUGCAGAGAACAGUUACAACUCCACAAAAUUCCACGAUAAUUAAAGGGAAGUGGCCACAAUUUACUCCUUAACAUAUGUGCUCAAGGCUACUGGCAGCUUUAGGUGGCGGAGGCCUUCUGGAUAACAUCUUGCUCAGAUCGUCUGAGGAAAUCCCCAACUGCCACUCGCUGACUAGUUCUGGCUACAAACGAUACCACUCAGUAAUGAGUCCGAUGGAACUGGGUUGACGCAGUGGCAAAUUCUGCAUCACUUGCCCAUUACUGGCACACAGAGGAAGUCUACUAUGAAAGCAACAGCAGUUUCCCAUCCAAAAAAACAGUUCAUCACUUCACAGGCAGGGCCUGACACUCAAAUUCGUCUGUGUGAUUAAAGGUUUUCGUGGGUUAAUCGAGGGAGAUGCUUAUUUUCAUUGUGAUUUGUUGGGUAAUAAGCUAGAACAACUGGAGUAAAAAAAGGUUCCUUCAUAGAUAUGAAGGUUAUUUAUCUUUGUAAAUAGAGCCGUAUUAUAUUUGUUUUUUUAAUUUUUUCAUGCUCUUUAAAUAUUUUUCUAAUUUAAUUAGUCAAAAGUUGCAUUUAAUAGUCUGACUUUCUUUAGGUACUUGAUAUGAUAAACUGCUGCAGAAUAAAGUGAAAAUGCAAUGUUAGUGUGAUGUUCCAAAUAUGGGUGCUGGCACUUUAAACCUUCCUGGCAGGACACUGUGUUAAAUUCCUAUUUCCGUUUUUCCACCACAGAUAAAACAAGAUAUAUUAGUUUAACUGCUUUGCUGCUUUUCAAAACAAUUACUAGAUACAUUAGCCUGUAAAUCCCAAAUACCAAAUCCUUCAGAAUGGCUGAGGGGAGAAAAAUCACAUGAAACAAUUAUUUUAGGCCACUUCUCCACCUGAUUUGAUAUAUUUGUACUUGGUUGUAUGAACAUCCAUUUAGAAGGGAAAUAUUAUAUGAUGCUGGACAAGACUUGCAAAUAAUUUAAAGUAAUAUUAAACCAGGUGUCAUUAUUAAAUUAAAAAAUAUACUGAAAUAAUAUUAGUUGGACCAUAAUUGAAAGUCCUAACCAAGAUGCAAGGAAUAGAUAAAUGAUUAUAUUACAGAAUAUUAAUGCAACCAAAUUUGCCAUCCAAUAUGACAUUUUAGUUUGGUGCUAGCAAACUAUCUUCUUACCCUUCCACCAUUUGCUCCUAACGUCGCAGCAUUUCCUCAGUAGUGAUCUAUAUAAAACGACAGCCCAGACGGAAAUGAAAGCUCCUCUGUAAAAUAACUGUAAGUGAAUGGUACAUUGCCUUUUCACUUUGUGUUACUUCAUUGUUUUAUGGUUUGUAAUGAUCAAAUAAUGUAGUUUCGACAUUUUUACUGUUUUAUAGUUAGAAAAAAUAAUACAAACCAAAAUAUUAUUAUAUUAAAUAUAAUUUAAUGGAAUGGGUUAUUUGACUACAGUAUACUUUAGCUAUAUAGACUUUUACUGAAGACUUUGCAUACAAAUUGGUGGCCUUGUUUGUUAUCAACACACACAUGCACGGACACAUAAACUUUGAAGAUAUGACAUUUAUUCCAGGCCUUUGUGGUAUGGUU